AUGAAGUUGAUCCGAAAGUAUCACAUUGUUCCCUACGAAGAUGGUUCGGCUGUUGAGUCGGCUAAGCGCUUUCUCGAGACGAUUUUGAACGAUCCCACUCUUGAAACCAGUGAAAAGUGUCGUUUCUAUCAGGAUUUGCUCUAUCGCAUCCGACAACACCGAGAGCUGCCAAUUAUGACUGAUGAAGUGUUUGACGAUCUUCGUGACACGUAUUCUCAACAAAAUUCAAACAAUGAGGCGUCGGCGGGCGCGGUUGCAGUGCCUACGCUGAAACGAGAACUCGCCGUCGUCGUUCCGAAAAUUGAAAAGCAGGAGCCGGAAGAGCCGAUGGAUGAAGACGACGACGACCUAAAAGAGCUGCCUGCAGUCUUCAAGAGGGUAAAAACAGAGUCUGCCGACAAUGCCUACCAACAACAACAACCGACGGCGAGAAGACUCUCAAGAAAACGUCUACAUGUGGAUGUGGAUGAUGUAGAGGAUAACGACCGUUUUGAGACUACGAUGAAACAAAGACGCGUUGCAGCCGCGACUCUUGAACUGCCAUCACCCCCAGUGCGAACGUCGAGAAAACGCAAAAUUUUGGAUAAUGUGAAGAAGCAAAAACUGAAUAUCGUUCAGCCGACGAGACCCUCACCACCGCCGUUGCUGCCGCCGCCGCCGCCGACAAAUCAGAGGAGGCCACCCAAGCGCCGGCACCCAAUCUUGCACUCUAAAAUUCCUGAAAAGCGAAGAAAGUUUGUGGAGCUGUUCGACCCAACCGGCGGUAAGUUGCCCGUGUGGAGAGUCCGGAAAGACUACCGUUUUGCGCCCUACCAAACCGAGAGACCCAAAAAAGAAUGGACUGGUAGGAGGCAUGUUGCGAAAUUGAAAAAUGGAAAACUCGCAGCUGCCGUGAAACGAGAGAAAAUCAAAAAGCGCGAGGACGAGGAGGAGGAGAAACUGGUAAAGCCAAAGGUUGAACUCGUGCAAGAAAUGUGGCCCGGCAGCGACGACGACGACGAUGACGACGACGAUAAAAAGAUUGAUCCGGUUUUGAAGAAAGAAAAGAGAGAAGAGAGCGACAGUGAAGAUGAUGUCAAACCAGACGUGUCUUGGAGACGAGGCACUAAACGUCCACACGUGGGCGAUGAUGACGAGUUUUGGCCGGAACGAAAAAAGAGACGAACAAUUCGAGGCGCGGGCCCCGCAGCACCAGCCGGCGGCCGAAUAUAUUGUCGUUUGUGGAAAUUUUAA